UUACGGACAAUAUCCCCCCCCCCUCUCUCUCUCUCUCUCUCUCUCCCUCCCUCCCUCUCUCUCUCGUAGGGAGGUGCAUUAAAAAAUAACGAGCGGUCGACAGUAUCCUACGGACGAGGACAACUUUGCGAACCUUUCUGCAGAGAAGAAAAAAGGUGAUGGCAGUGGCAGUCUCUAGAGAUCUGACGGUGCAGGUGCUUGAGGAUGUGAAUGCUGUCAAGCUCACUGACAGACAGCAAGUCCUGCGCGCUGCCGUCCGGAGAGGAGAACCCAAAUGUCUGGGGGUGAGUCAGGUUAUGCUGGGGCUGAUGGUCAUAUCCUACUCCAUUCCUCUGCACGUCACUGAAUUCACUGAGGUUGUCAACCUGGGAGUUCCCUGGUGGAGCGGCCUAAUGUUCAUCACAGCAGGAGCUGUUGCAAUCAACUUGGACAAAAACUGCAACAUGAAGACUCUGCAUUUGUGUUUGAUGGUGAGUGUGGUGUCCACUGUGCUGUCAGUGGCAGCUGUGAUCAUCUACUCUGUGGACAUCGACAAGAACCCUGUGGUGGCCUGCGUCAGGAGGGCCACAGACACCUGCACUGAGAAAGACUACGCCAUGAGGCUGAGCAGAGGACUGAAGUCAUCCCUUCUUCUCUUCACUCUGGCACAAACAGCCAUCUCUGCUGUUCUCAGCUUCCUCCUCUUCAGACAGAGGCGCAGCUUUGGACAGUACACUUCUCUCUCUCACGCUGCUCCAUCCACCCCCGAAACACUCAUACCCCCAAACCUGCACUGAUCAUUCAGCGGAGCAGUAGAGUUGAGGGAUGACGUCUCAUCGGGGCGACUGAUCCGCUGUCAUCAUGUUGGGAUGUCGAAUGAACCAAGGGUGAUUGAUCACCUCUUGUUUCCAUUGUGUUUGUCUACUUGUCUGCCUGUGCCUAAUCCACUGUGCUACCUGAAUGUUGUGGAGCUCAGGAGCUUCUCUUUUCAAAUGACUAUUAUUUUUAUUAUUGUCAAGGUUUGUCAGUACUCUUAAGCCAAAUGAUUCCUAACUUCAAUCAACAACAGAGCUGCCUUAUUAAAAUACGAAAGUAUGAAUAAUAAAACCUAUAAACAUUGGCAGAAUGUUUCAAAUAUGAGCCUUUAUCAAAUUAAUGGAAGGGAAAAGAGGAAAGGCAGAAAACGCGCAGUCUGAUCAAGAGACUGCGCGUAUUGUGUUGUAAAUCUUUUGUGGCCAUGAAAUGUGAAAAUGUAUCCUGUGAAGUGAGGCAAUCUGUCUGAGAGGAACAGGAAGCAGAGGGCCGCCAUGUGUACAGAUAAUUACAGGUGACUAUGGCAGUUCCAGACAAAAGGGGCCAUGUGUACCCUACAUUGAACCAAACCGAGCCUUCCCCCAAGAAACACAUGAUACAUGAUGGACACCCUUCAAUAAAACCACUCCAAUUAUAGAGCUUUUAGCAGAAAUGUAUUGAUACUGUAUUGGUGAACUGAUAUUAUAAUGGUAGUAACAGAGAGCUCUUCCACUUUGUACAAGAGUAGAUCAUCUGUGUGUGUAACAAGCAGGUGAAUACUGUCUUCAUAAAAAGCUUUAAAAUAACAGUAAAAUACUCCGCCACUGAAUUCAGGUCUGAAUUCAGUGGCGGAGUCAGUUUCAACAUUACUUUGAGAUAAACAAUAUUCCUCACAUUUUAAAUAGAUGUGUGAAUGGCACAAAGUAUACAGGACUGUCUCAGAAAAUUAGAAUAUUGUGAUAAAGUUCUUUAUUUUCUGUAAUGCAAUUUAAAAAAACAAAAAUGUCAUGCAUUCUGGAUUCAUUACAAAUCAACUGAAAUAUUGCAAGCCUUUUAUUCUUUUAAUAUUGCUGAUUAUGGCUUACAGCUUAAGAAAACUCAAAAAUCCUAUCUCAAAAAAUUAGAAUAUUUCCUCAGACCAAGUAAAAAAAAGAUUUAUAACAGCAAAACAAAAUCAAACAUUUGAAAAUGUCCAUUAAUGCACUCAGUACUUGGUUGGGAAUCCUUUUGCACGGAUUACUGUAUCAAUGCGGCGUGGCAUGGAGGCAAUCAGCCUGUGGCAUUGCUUAGGGUUUAUGGAUGCCCAGGAUGCUUCAACAGCGGCCUUUAGCUCAUUUGCAUUGUUGGGUCUGGUGUCUUUCAGCUUCUUCUUCAUAAUACCCCACAAAUUCUCUAUGGGGUUCAGGUCAGGGGAAUUGGCAGGCCAAUCGAGGACAGUAAUGCCAUGGUCAGUACACCAGUUACUGGUGGUUUUGGCACUGUGGGCAGGUGCCAGAUCAUGCUGGAAAAUGAAAUCCUCAUCUCCAUAGAGCUUUUCAGCAGACGGAAGCAUGUAGUGCUCUACAAUCUCUUGGUACACAGCUGCAUUUACUCUGGACUUGAUGAAACACAGUGGACCAACACCAGCAGCUGACAUGGCUCCCCAAACCAUCACUGACUGUGGGAACUUCACACUGGAUUUCAAGCAACUUGGAUUUUGCUCCUCUCCAGCCUUUCUCCAGACUCUGGCGCCUUGACUUCCAAAUGAAAUACAACACUUGCUUUCGUCUGAAAAGAGGACUUUGGACCACUCUGCAACUGUCCAGUGCUUCUUUUCCAUAGCCCAAGUCAGACGCUUCUUCCGUUGUCUUGAGUUCAGAAGUGGCUUGACCAUGGGAAUACGGCUAUUGUAGCCCAUUUCCCGGACACGUCUGUGAACAGUGGCUUUUGAUACCUGGACUCCAGCUUCAGUCCACUGUCUUUGAAGCUCCCCCAAAUUCUGGAAGCGACCCUUCUUCACAAUGCUGUUAAGGCUGCGGUCAUCUCUCUUGGUUGUGCAGCGUUUCCUGCCACAUUUCCCCCUUCCAACAGACUUUUUGUGGAUGUGCUUUGAAACUGCACUCUGUGAACAGCUUGCUCUUUGAGAAAUUUCUUUUUGUGUCUUGCCCUCCUGAUGGAGGGUGUCAAUUAAGGUCCUCUGGACAGCAGUCAGAUCAGCAGUCUUCCCCAUACUUGUGAUUUAGUUUACUGAACCAAGCUGAGUGUUUUUCAAGGCUCAGGAAACCCUUGCAGGUGUUUCGAGUUAAUUAGACGAUUCAAGUGAUUAGUUGAAUACCCUACUAGUAUACUUUUUCAUGAUAUUCUAAUAUUUAGAGAUAGGAUAUUUGAGUUUUCUUAAGCUGUAAGCCAUAAUCAGCAAUAUUAAAAGAAUAAAAGGCUUGCAAUAUUUCAGUUGAUUUGUAAUGAAUCCAGAAUGCAUGACAUUUUUGUUUUUUUAAUUGCAUUACAGAAAAUAAAGAACUUUAUCACAAUAUUCUAAUUUUCUGAGACAGUCCUGUACAGGAUCGUGUGCACUGUUUUUUUUUCAGUAUUCUUCGUUAACACAAUGAUGAAAUAUGUUUAUUAAUUGUGUUCUAACUCUGAUAAAGUUUGCAUUAUUUUAUAUAAAAUAAAAUCACAUAUGGAUUAAACCCAUGAUCCUCGGAGAUUCA